AAAAAGAUAUGUUGGAUGUAGAUGAUAAUGAAGAUAGUGAAGGUAAUCGUUCAACAGACCAAAGCAUUAUCCCUUUAGAAAAAGAAUCACGUAAAAGACCUAAUAAAAAUAUCUCUGAAAAUAAAUUAUUUAAUAAGAAAGUAAAGACUAAAGACAGAAAUGUAUCUAUGUUAAAAAAACUUAUUGAGAAGCUGAAAUCGCCAAGUUCUUCAACAAGUAGUACCACUUCUCAGGCUGAAUCUAUCACAAGCCCAAGUAAUUUUUUUGAUUUAUACAGUGCAAUUGUUAAGGCUGAAGAACGAAUUGAAAAUGUGAAUCAAGAAAUUAUUAUAUGCUAUUUUGCUUUUAGAAAAAAGCUUAAGAAAAGGUUAGCCGAGUAUAUGAAAGAUAAUAAAGAGCGUAGAUCUCAGAGAAAACUUUAUAAAGAA